GCGUUUUUGGUAUCUACUCUAUCAAAUGUUAGACUGCAAUUACAACAAGGCUUCAAGUACUUCUCCCAAAACAGCGAUGCCGACACUGUAUCUAAGGAACAAGUGCGACAUUUCGUCAAACGGAUAUCAGCCUUCCUGAACAUUUCUGAAUUUUUAAGUCGUGAAAUCUUGGUGCAUUUCCUCGCAACACAUGAUGUCCCAGAGGAUCGCAUUAAC